AUGGCCACCUUCUCAACUCUAGCCUACUUUCCCAUUACAAUUAAAGUUUCCAGGAUUCGAGCUAGUUAUGACCCGAACAAGAAGAGCCUGAACAACAUCAAGAUCAAUGGUACCUUAACUAAGUCAACAGCCAAGCUUGACAUGGCAAGCACUCUAACCUCAAUUUCUGUUACUGAAAAUGGUUACAUUAGUGAACAGCAAGUUCGACAGAAUAUUCCGACAACCAAGCAGUUUGUUGAUCAUUAUCGCCAGGGGAUGAUCAUCGAAGGCGGUGUAGGAUACAGACAGAGGGUGGUUAUUAGGUCUUAUGAAGUUGGUCCUGAUAAGACUGCAACGUUGGAGAGCAUCCUUAAUCUUCUGCAGGAAACAGCAUUGAAUCAUGUGUGGAUGUCAGGACUCCUCAGUGAUGGCUUUGGAGCAACUCAUGGAAUGAUGAAGCAUGAUCUCAUAUGGGUUGUGUCAAGAAUGCAAGUUCAAGUUGAUCACUAUCCAAUCUGGGGAGAAGUACUGGAAAUUGACACUUGGGUUGGGGCAUCUGGGAAAAAUGGUAUGCGUCGAGACUGGUUGAUUCGAAGUGAAGCCACAGGUCAUGUUUUUGCUCGUGCAACCAGUACCUGGGUGAUGAUGAACCGAAAGACAAGACGCCUCUCAAAAAUGCCAGAAGACGUGAGAGCUGAGAUUGCACCUUGGUUUAUAAAGAAGCAAGCAAUCACAGAAGAUAUCGUCGAAAAAAUUGUCAAAUUGAACAGCCAAGCCAAGUACAUGAACAAUGACUUGAAGCCCAAGAGAAGCGACCUGGACAUGAACCACCAUGUCAACAAUGUCAAGUAUGUGAGGUGGAUGCUUGAGACCAUCCCUGACAAAAUUUUAGAGGCUCAUCAACUGACAAGUAUCAUCCUAGAAUAUAGGAGGGAAUGUGGAAGCUCAGAUAUAGUGCAGUCACUUUGCCAACCCGAUGAAGACGGCAUUCUUAAAGAUGAAGUAAAGCAAGAGAAUGAUGGCAGUCACAUAAAUGGAUUUUCCUUGGCAGCUGAGAUUCUUGAGGGUAAUGGCUACCUUGCAUCCUUUGGCAAGCAACCAUUGCGGUAUACACACCUCCUCCAGAUUGAUGAAGAGUCUAAAAAUGAAGAGAUUGUUAGAGGAAGAACUACAUGGAAGAAGAAGUCCUUUUCGCACUAGGAGAAUAUAUGUAUGUAGGGAAUGGAUGGAGUUUAGGUUUUGUCCUCUGUGAACAUCAAUGAGAACAUUUCUCAGUACAUAUAAAUCAGGGGCAUGCGUGACGCUUCAAAUCCUACAAGGGUUCUCUCUCCCAUGGCUCUAGCAAAGGCUUCAUGGGAACUAAGUGAAGAUCCUAAUAAACAAGAGUGAUUGCGUGUCCCGAUUGAAGGACGACAGAAAUCAUCAUGGGUUCUACCGAAUGAAUAAGGGUGUAAUGUGUGGCGAUGGUUAAGAGGAGUCAUUUGAUUUACGUUGCGUGUAGGAAACUUGCAAUUGUGCUAUAAUAUUACUUGGUCAAGAAUAUAAGUAUACAAUUAUUGAGCCUCAGAAAG